AUGUGUGGCUGCACACACAGCACGCAGGACCAAGAGCUCCAUUUGGAAAGGGAGCCCAGUCCUUCUGCAGGCCUGGCAUCCACCUUAUCACCUAGGAAAAUGCCCAAAAGCAUUUCCAUAUCUAAACAACUGGCUUCGAUUAAAGCUCUUCGGAAGAGCUCAGAUCUGGAAAAAGCGAUGGCCACCAUUGCUCUGAUAUUCAGAAAUGCUUGUGACGCUGAUGGUAAACUUGGAAAAGCUAAAGCCAAAUAUCUGCUGUAUACUCAAUUUGGGAAAUUUGCAGAGGGACAGGAAAACAAGCGAAAAUACAGAGAGAUCCUUUCUGAACUUGAAAAGCACACAGAAAACAAACUUGAUUUUGAGGAUUUCAUGGUCUUGCUUCUAAGCAUCACUGUCAUGUCAGAUCUGCUACAAAAUAUAUGGCAUGCAAAAGCCACAAAAUAG